GCAACUUAUAUAGGGAUUUAAAAAAUGUCUAAGAACGAUUUAACACAUUCAAAGCCUGUUUGCUUGGCAGAUAUUGAACAUGAAGGUAAAAAGAAGCUAUGUAGGAUGUCAUUGAACUACUACGAAGGAGGAGCAGAUGAAGAAGUUAGUUUGAAAGACAAUAUUGAUGCUUUCAGAAGGUUAAGACUUAGGCCCAGAAUGCUUCGUGGGAUAUCAGAAGUAGACAUGUCUACCACUCUGCUGGGACAGACAGUCAGUAUGCCAAUAUGCAUUGCACCAACUGGGUACUCCAUACUUGCACAUCCAGAGAGCGAACGAGCCAUUGCAAAGGCGGCAGCUAGUGCUAAGACAUGCAUGAUCCUUAGCAUGAUUAACACAAGCAGAAACGAAGAUAUAGCACUUGCAGCACCAAGUGGUCUUCGAUGGUUUCAUCUGUACAUCUUAAAAGAUAGAAAGCAAAUGAAGUCAAGAAUCCAAAAAGCAGAAGAAACAGGAUUCAAAGCCUUAGUUUUUACAGUUGAUGCAACAGUUCUUGGAAUAAGACRUGGUAUUAGGAGAUCAGGCUUCUCUCUUCCUCCUGGUGUUCAAGUUGCAAAUCUUGGAGACAAAUUAACUAUUUGGCAGGUUGAAGCAAUCUUUGACAAAACAAUUUCAUGGGACACCAUAAAAUGGAUCAAGUCCAUCACCAAGCUUCCAGUAAUAUUAAAAGGCAUUCUAACAGCAGAAGAUGCUAAGCUUGCUGUCCAGCACGGUGCUGAUGCCAUUAUCGUGUCUAAUCAUGGAGGAAGACAGUUGGAUGGGGUCUUGGCAGGGAUUGAUGCUCUACCAGAAGUUGUAUCAGCUGUCAAUGGACAAAUUGAAGUGUAUAUGGAUGGUGGAGUAAGGCUUGGUACUGAUGUACUAAAGGCAUUAGCAUUGGGUGCACGUGCUGUAUUCAUUGGUCGUCCUGUGGUAUGGGGACUUGCCUAUCAGGGAGAAGAAGGUGUGCUGAAAGUACUGGAGAUGCUUCGUGAAGAAUUCAGGACYGCCAUGAUACUAUCAGGGUGUUCAAGACUUCAAGACAUCAAUAGCUCAUUAAUACACAACCAAGUCAACUCAAGACUUUAAACAGAACCUUUAUUUGAAUUGGUAAAAGUUUUAAUACGAAAUUCAGCGAUAAAAUUUUAAAUGAAACAUGUCGACGUUUCGAAGUUACCUUAACGUCAUUUUAAAAUCAAAUGAAAAUUUAAAAACCCUAGAAAGUGCGUUUAGAACAAAUCGUGCCUUUAUGAAAGGGGGCGGGCGGAGGGGGGAGGGGAUGGGGAUGGGUGAGGAAAAACAGCAUGGCAUACACAUUACCCACUGUUGCAAUUUACCCCUUGGAUCUUAUUUAAAAGGUAAAACUUAAAACAACCUUGUUCAAGAUAUUCUUGAAAUUCUUCAAGCUUUAUUCGAUCAUUGUUAAUUUUCUUAAAGUUAAAGUUCUUAUUGCAAUCAGUAUUAAAUCAAAGUUGCUUCAA